UCUCUCUUUCUCUCUCUUUCUUUUUAUUCACAUUACUUGUCAUGUCGUCUGUCUUUUUUUAUGGAUCUUUAAUGUCUUCUGUUGUACUCAUAAGAGUAUUACUUGGGUCUGGUGCUUCAGAACAGGCAAAAUUAGAAAAGUUCAAAUCCAUUCGAUUAAAGCCGGCUUCUUUAAAAGGGUAUAUUCGAUCAUCUCUUAAAGGUGAGGAUUAUCCAGCCAUAGUUCACACUGGGAAAAAGCAAGAUAAAGUUACUGGUAUCUUGUGUGAAGGAUUAGGUGAACAGGAUGUUAGGGCAUUAGAUACCUUUGAAGGAGAGGAUUAUUUACGUUCACCGGUGAGCGUGACAGUAGAUGAAGACCAGGCCACUGUUGAGACCAAUGUUUAUCUUUAUGUUGGAGAUCCAGCUCUGCUGACUUAUACUGAAUGGACCCUAACAGAGUUUGUCUCUACUGGUAAAGAAGGAAAAUGGUUGGAAGACAGAAUUAUGUUUUAUCAAGUUGAUUUAGUUCAUUUGAACCCAUAAAAAAGAUAUCCUGGUAACAGCUUACAUAAUUAUUCUCCUCUUUUUGUUGAUAUUGUUGUGACAAAGAUUCUUAGUCCAAAUGUGUUUAAAACAAACAACAACAACUG